CUCGACGCCUGAGCAGGAAUUUGUUCGUGUCGGCCCCUCUGUGCUGUCUGGCUGUCUCCAACUCAGCCAGGUCACCUCCCGACCACCAUGGCUUUCUAUUUCCGGCGACGGAGCCUCAUCCGGAUCCUCCUCUUCGUCAUUCUUUGCACAGUCGUCAAGCUCGUCUUCUUCCCGUCAUCAACCUCGACCGCAUCUGACUCUCGCGAAAUCCGCAAACAGAAUGUGCUCGACCUCGUAGCGCGCUCAGACAAGCCAUUGGAUGCACGAAGACACAAGUUCUUGCAGGUGAGGCUUGGGAGGGAUGACAGGGAGGACCUGUUCCACGACAUGAUUAAGGACGGCGUGCUGGACUACUGGGAACGGUUCCAGAAGCCAUACAUCGUUGGCCAUGACACAGCACACAUGGACGAACAGUCCGUUCUCUCGGCUAUCGAGCAGCUUCUGACCUUGAACGGCUGGGUCGCCGCCCUCUGUCCAACGCUCACCCGACCAUUUGGCCAAAAUAGGCAUGACGACGCGUACACUGAGCUUGUCGGCCAGGAGCAGCUCUACUUCAUCGGCAUGGUCAUUCACUCCGCGGAUCACUUUCUUGUUGACCAACUUGCCGUCAUCGUACAACUGGCACGGCGGCUUGGCAGCUCGAAUAUCUUCGUUUCCAUGUUGGACUAUGACUCUUCAGACUCUACUGCCACGCUGACAGACCUCUGUGAAGCCGUUCUCACGCUGCUUGGUGUCCCUUUCCGUAUUCGCAGGGUGCCUGGGAUGACGGAGGACCCUAUCGCAGCAUAUUACCCGCUGGAGGAGGCGUAUACGCGCAACCUCGUUCUGGAGCCCUUGCACGAACUGUACGAGAGGAGGGCAAUCAAAUUUCAUCGUGUCAUCUGGUUGAAGGGUUUCACAUGUCCGAACGACAUCCUGGAAACGAUCAAGCUCAGCAUAGCGAACGAGGCCGCGAUGGUCUGCGGGAUGGAUUGGGCUGAGUUCAACGGGUUCUUCAUCUUCUCUGACCGCUGGCGGACACGCGAUAUCAACGGUGACCAGUUCCGCCAGUCCAAAUCCUCCUCUAUCUCUAACUCGCCGCUCACCUCCGUCCCCCCACGCGACGUCGUCGGCGCACAGCGCUACACGCAGCACCUCCCCUUCCAAGUCUUCUGCUGCGAGUCCGGCACGCACGUCGUCGACCCCGCACAGUCGUACUAUGCCGGCAUCGCCUACCGCGCCGGCGCGGACUUCCACAACGCGAGCACGCCCGUGGAUGCGCCCCAUCGCCUUCCGGACGACAAGUGCCUCGACAGCACGCAGGCCUGGUUCUGCCGCGACCUCUGGAUCCACAAGGCGCGCGAGGGCCUCCGUGCGCUCUCCGCAGACAGUGAGAACGAGGGCGUGUCCGAAAGCGUGGUUGCUGGCGCGGAGGUGCGCCACCACGCGAACGGCGCACAGCACCACAAGCGGGCGCCGCAGCAGCAGGAGGGCGGCGAGCCCGCGGACGACGGCGACGAUGCGCGCGGGCCGGCGGCGGCGCAGGACGAGAUACACGAGGAGGUGCGCCAGCCUGCGGACGCGGACCCCGACGCGAACGCGGGUUCGGACUACGACGCGUCGGACCUCCCGCUCGAGGCGCCGCCCCCGCCCCCGCCGGAAUACGGCGCGGGCGAUAUGCAGAUGAGCAUCCCGAACUCGGUGUUCUUGCCCGCAAGGAUCAUGGUGAACCCCCGCUGCGUGACGACGUAUGCGGGCGUGGCGCAUACGCAGCUCGCGCUGGACCUGUUUGGACCCCCGGAUAGGGAGGAGCGAAGCGAGGAUAUGUGGAGCAAGGACGUCCUCGAGAAGUGGGAGACCGCCCCGGAGACGUUUGUUUGCCAGGAGCAACAGCGGACGGGUGGCCGGAGGGCACAAAAGACGCAGAGAAGACUUGCGUUCUCGGUUCACAAGGAGCUGGAGGAGCUGCUGUCAUGAUAUAUCCCGUUUGUAAUGGUACCCUUAGAAGUAUAUCAUAUGUUGCGCUAUUGGGA